AUGGCGGGGAAAAUGACCCUAUACAAACUAGUGGUGCUGGGAGAUGGCGGUGUUGGCAAAACAGCCCUUACUAUUCAGUUAUGUCUCAACCACUUUGUUGAGAGCUACGAUCCUACCAUCGAGGACUCUUAUCGAAAACAAGUCAUGAUCGAUGGACAGGCGUGCAUGCUGGAGGUUCUGGACACCGCUGGGCAGGAAGAAUACACAGCCCUUCGCGACCAGUGGAUCCGGGAUGGCGAAGGUUUCAUCCUCGUUUACAGCAUCACUUCCAGAAACUCCUUCACCAGAAUCCAAAAGUUUCAUGCGCAAGUACAACGUGUGAAAGAAUCGGGACUUCCUAAUUCACCCACUGGUGCGAAUUACCUCCCCUCGCAAAUGAACGGGGCACCCGUGUAUACUGGCCCGGUACCAAUCAUGCUGGUCGGCAAUAAAAGUGAUAAGCAUCAUGAACGGGAGGUAUCCUCCCAGGAGGGUCAGGCACUGGCACGAGACCUGGGUUGUGAAUUUGUCGAAGCGUCUGCCAAAAACUGCAUCAAUGUGGAGAAGGCUUUCUAUGAUGUUGUUCGGCAGCUCAGGAGACAACGACAAUCGCCGGUGAAACAGAUCGACCGCAAAGGAAGCAACUACACUACAUCUCCCACCUUGCGUACCAACUACGACUCAGAUCAUCAACGUGGUUAUCGCGAGCACGGUAAAAAGCGAAGCAGCAAAUGCGUGAUCUUAUGA